UCCCUCCAUCAUCUGUCCCCGCGCUCCCACAUCCAUUAUAGGGCAGGACGGCUAGAAUUUGUAUUUAGACUGAGAGAGAGAGAGAGAGAGGGAGGGAGAAACGGGGGGAGGAGGGGGGGAGCAUAUGACACAAAGGAGAGGGAGAGAUAGAUCAGAGCGGUGGAGAGAGGGAGUGGGAGGCUGCGGAUAUCGAUAGCAUCAACAAUGGAGCGCUAGGAUCUGGAGAGGCGAUCGCCAGCCCAACGACGGCUGAGGGUGAAGACAUCUGAGGAGGGGGGUGCCUCCUCGCUGAGCUCAGGGGGAGGAGGAGGAGGAGGAGCGGGAGGAGGAGGAGGAUGGGCCUCGAACACAGACUCGCAAUGGCACUGCACAAAUUGGAUUAAAGCAGUAUGCUGGACAAGAGCGAGGUGGCGACGCUGGGGCUGCCCUCCGCCACCAGCCAUGGAGGCUCCGACGGCAACAUCAGCACGGACGGCGCCGCGGCGCCGGCGGCAACGGCGACGGCGGGCGGCGUCGCCGCGGCGACCGGCGCCGACGCGGCCGAGCCGCAGCGCACGCGCGCCGCCCUGGAGCACCUGCAGCAGAAGAUCCUGAAGGUGACGGAGCAGAUCCGCGUGGAGCAGGAGGCCCGCGACGACAACGUGGCCGAGUACCUGAAGCUGGCGCACAACGCCGACAAGCAGCAGGCGUCCAGGAUCAAGCAGGUGUUCGAGAAGAAGAACCAGAAGUCGGCGCAGAGCAUCGCGCACCUGCACAAGAAGCUGGAGCACUACCACAAGAAGCUGAAGGAGAUCGAGCAGAACGGCCCGGCCCGGCAGCCCAAGGACGUCCUGCGGGACAUGCAGCAGGGGCUGAAGGACGUGGGGGCCAACGUCCGCGCCGGCAUCAGCGGCUUCGGCGGCGGGGUGGUGGAGGGGGUCAAGGGCGGCGUGUCGGCCCUCACCCACACGGCCGUGGUGUCCAAGCCGCGGGAGUUCGCCAGCCUCAUCAGGAACAAGUUCGGCAGCGCCGACAACAUCGCGCACCUGAAGGACGCGCUGGAGGACGGCGUGGGCGGCCCCUCGGACGACGCGCCCACGCCCCGCGCCCUCAGCGGCAGCGCCACGCUGGUGUCCAGCCCCAAGUACGGCAGCGACGACGAGUGCUCCAGCGCCACGUCCGGCUCGGCGGCGGGCAGCAACUCGGGCGGCGCCGGAGGGGGGGGGCUGCUGGGCCCGAGCAUGGGCAGUCCCAGGCUGGACGGGCACCAUCAUCAUCAUCACCACGUGCACAGCUCCUGGGACGCGCUGCUGGAGGGGCUGCAGGAGAUCAAGGCCAGCCAGGCCCACAUGGAGGACGCCAUCGAGGACAUGAAGGGCCAGCUGCAGAGCGACUACUCCUACAUGACGCAGUGCCUGCAGGAGGAGAGAUACAGGUACGAGCGACUCGAGGAGCAGCUGAACGACUUGACCGAGCUGCACCAGAACGAGAUGACCAACCUGAAGCAGGAGCUGGCCAGCAUGGAGGAGAAAGUGGCCUAUCAGUCGUACGAGCGGGCGAGAGACAUUCAGGAGGCCGUGGAGUCGUGCCUGACCCGCAUCACCAAGCUGGAGCUGCAGCAGCAGCAGCAGCAGGUGGUGCAGCUGGAGGGCGUGGAGAACGCCAACGCGCGGGCGCUGCUGGGCAAGCUCAUCAACGUCAUCCUGGCGCUCAUGGCCGUGCUGCUGGUCUUCGUCUCCACCAUGGCCAACUUCAUCACGCCGCUGAUGAAGACGCGGGCCCGCGUGGCCGCCACCGUCCUGCUGGCCCUGCUGCUCUUCGCGCUGUGGAAGCAGUGGGACUUCGUGGAGCCGUGGCUGCUGCCCAGCUGAGCGCGGGGGUCCGGGGACUGGAACGGGGGGGGGAGACCCGCUCGCUGCUCCUGCUUCCUCGGAGCGGAGAGGAACCAAGGGGAGGGGAGCGCGCCAGGAGGGAACGUGGCACUUUUUGUUGAGAACAGGACAAAUCCAGCCCACAGAGCGCGUUGAGGGACUAGAGGCACCGCCUCAUCGCGUCCAAACCUACUGGUGUCGAUGACCAAUCAUUGGCUGCGUUGCUGUCACCAAAAACUGCUCAGCUCAUCUUAGAAUUGUCUUUUCUAAAUGAUCACCAUGAACACAUUGCAAAGAGUGCGACUGCAGGUGGCCGGUCAUGUUCACGUGGGAGGAAACGGGUUCUCCAUGAAUGUUAUGUGUUGAUGCAUGUCUCCACAUGAUGCAUCUAGCUGGCAUGAGUUACAGUUCCAUCAGCGUCAGACUUCCAGUGCAGGUUUGUGGCGUCGCCCGCGCUCCAUCUCACAUCCGGUUCUGGUGUUGAAGCUUCUAGACGCAUUUCUUGCUUUUGGCCCUUUUCUUACAGUCCAAAAACUGCUGGUCUGCUCAAGAUCUGCAUAAUAACUCAACUAUGGAAAAUCUGUCCCCACCAUUAAUGCUAUUUUACAUCCACUAUUGUAGAACUGCUGUCCAAAUAACUGGCAUGUCAAAUUGUAUUAAGGUUUAUAUCCAGUUUGCAAAAAACGACUAUUGCUGUUUUAUUAAACAAUGUAAGAAAUAAAUGAUUUCAUAAUAAUAAAUGAAUGAAAGAGGAGCAUCUCACAUCAUUAAGAUUUAAAUAAUUACAUCCAGUAGCUCUGUUUAAGGGGAUUGUGCAGUGGAACCAAUAGCUUUACUAACAGGUAAUAAAGUGUUUACUAAAGUUC